AUGUUCUCGACUUCAGUUCGGCGGGUAGCCUUGGCAUCCCCGCAGACUCCCAUCGCAGCAUCUCUCACAAGCUCGGCGCCACGAGCGGUUGCAACUCAAGCUCUGACAUACCGGUGCCACCAGAGACGACUCUCUUCUUCGAAACCUUCUAGCCCUGCUGAUGGAUCCAAGGGUGUAGCAGAAGGGGAAGCUGUGCAGCCACAUGCCCAGGCAAGACCGGAUGGCGAGAAGAAGUCAUCACGGGCCAGCAAGCGGAAGGCGAAGGAUGCUGCGGCGAGCUAUGCGGCCAAAGGCAGAGAGGAGGCUUUCCAGAGUCUCCCAAGCGUGCCAAGUACACAGCAUAUAGCUCCCCAACAAAUUUACGCCUCGGCCUUCUUUUCUCUCCACCGGCCGAUUUCUCUUACAUCCAGCUUCCCGAAGACAGUCAGCGACGAUGCUUUUGCAGCAAUUUUCACCCCACGGACGAAAGCGAAUUCGAAAUCGUCAGAAGUGAUCUCUACCUUAUCGAGCACGGUCCAAAACCUCGAAUCUGCCACCAGUGGUAUGAAUCAACUUAGUCUAGGAGGCCAGCAGGAUCAGUGGAAUUCCGAGGCAGAUGAGUUGAGAGCGGCUAUCACCGCUGAAUCGUACCGGAAACAGGAGGUCCACAACCUUGAUCCUACAUCUGCCGAGAACCUUCCUCGAGUUGUCUUGUCGGGCAGCUACCAGCCAUUCAACCCACCACCUCCACCAGUGCCCAUGGACAGUGCGGAAUCGCUCGCUGCAGGUGCAGAAGCUGCAGCUCAAGAAUCUCAACACAGAACCUACACGGCUGUUCUGACAAUCGAGGAGUCAACCGAUCAAAACGGCCAGGUCACAUACAUGACCCACAGCUCUCCACUGGAGGAGAAAGCUUCCUUUCCGACACGAUUCCGUGAGCGCAUGUAUCUCCGCCAAGAGAGGUACUGGGAGCAGAUGGAAGAGGACCACGGCAUGCUGGCGAUCAGUGUGAGGAGACAGCGAAAGCUGAAGAUGAAGAAGCACAAGUACAAGAAGCUUAUGAGGCGCACACGGAAUUUGAGACGGAGAUUGGAUCGAAAUUAG